AUGAAAGUUAUUGCUGUCUUGUUUGUUCUUGUUGCUGCCGUAGCUGCAAAUAAAAUUAAAUACAUUGGUGGAGACGCCUUCCGAUGGAUCAACGGAAGAGUUGAAUGCCGCAGAAAUUGCGUCGCAAGAGACUGGAACAGUUGCGAACUUUGCCCAAUGCCUGAUUUAAAUCCAACUUGCCCAGCUCCAAACUGUAACAUUGGUGCCAACACCCAAUACGUCUUCCCACAUCCAGAUCCAACAAUGUUCUGGCAAUGCGAGAGAACUCUUGAGAAUGGCGAAUACGGAUGGAGAACAAUUGAAAGAAAUUGUGGCUGUAUGACACUUUUCAACUACGCAGAACAAGCUUGCAUCCAUCCUCGAGACUGGUCACCAGAUUGUCCUGGAGUUCAAAACCCAAAUGCAGUCCCAAAUGCAUGUGAACUUGAUUGUCAAGACUGUUAA